AGAGAGAGCGUGAGCAGGGGAGGGGCAGAGAGAGAGGGAGACACAGAAUCUGAAGCAGGCUCUAGGCUCUGAACUGUCAGCACAGAGCCUGAUGUGGGGCUCAAACUCAGGAACCAUGAGAUCAUGACCCCAGCUGAAGUCAGACACCCACUGACUAAGCCACCCAGGAGCCCCGAACUUGUGUUGUUUCAUAUUUCCUGAGCUCAGAGUUUCAGAGGACUUUUCUAUCCUAAAGAAUGUUGGUUCCCACAGUGGACUUCCCAUCUUGUGCAUCUGUGCCCCAGCCUUCCAGCCACUAUGGGUAGAGAGAGAAAACAAUCCUUCCUACCUUAAAUUUUUGUUUUAUUUUGAAGAGAAUCCAAAAUAGGUUGGGUACCAUGCCUCCUUGUCCUUGAUAGAGUUGUGUGUAUUGUUGAUGUCAAUUAAAAGGGCGAUAACAGGAGCACAUUCUUUUUGGCAUAACGAGGCCAUAACUUACACAAAGAAUUCACCAAACAAAGACAGUAGGUCCAUGAGUGAGCCUGUUUUAAUUGAAUUGGUAUUUAUACAAGGUGACACCCUCUUUCACACCACCCACCUCCUCCCUGGGUGACUCAGCCACUGAGGGAGAAGCCUCUGAACUGUUCAUUAACACAGUCAAGUAGAGGUGGAAACAACAUUCAUUAAAACUCCAGGUACACAUUAGUUUCAGCAAGAUCCACCUGAGGAACUGAAGGCAGUUCAGAUACAAAGUCCCGGUUUUCUGCCCAAGAGAGAUCCUUCCUGGAAGGCAGCAUGUCAAAUUUUACCUUGAGAAAAAUGUCUCCCACAGGAAAUGAUAUGAAGAGUACCACGCAGGGGACCACACUGAGGCAACAGGGUUUCCACGAGGUGAACAAAAGAAGGAAUUUCUUGCAGGAUAACAGCUGGAUCAAAAACCGUCCUGAAGAAGAAAAAGAUGAAAAUUAUGGUAGGGUGGUGCUCAGUCGACAUAACUCCCAUGAUGCCUUGGACAGGAAGGCAAAUGAGAGAGAUGAGCCAAAAGCUACAAUUAGUCGGUACAGAUCUGAUGACACUUUAGACAGGAUCUCAGACAGAAAUGAUGCCACUAACACAUAUAAGGCCAAUACCUUGGAUAACCGACUAACCAAUAGAAACACGUCCACGUUUCGAUCACCAGAAGCAGCAAAGACGCAAACUGGAGGUUCGUUCAGUGGAAACACCACCAACCCCCCGGCUCCUGCCUCUGCUACAACUCCUGUAAAGAAAAAGAGACAGUCCUGGUUUCCGCCACCUCCUCCUGGUUGCAGUGCCACUCCAAGCAUGGGAGCGAGCAGAAGGGAACCAACUGUUCGCCCUCCAAUACCUCCAAAGCCCGUUUCUCCUGUUUCAUCUCCUAACCAGCAGAGACGGGAGAAUAGGCAGAUAUGUCCACAUAAACCAGGUGUAUAUACAGAAGCCAACAGAUCUGCUGAAAGAAAUAUAAGGAGUCAGGAUCUCGAGAACAUAGUCAAAGUGGCCACUUCACUUCAGAAAACUAACAGGGGUGAAGAAUUGGAUAAUAUCAUCAAAAUGAACAAAAGCUUGAAUAGAAAUCAAGGUCUUGACGGUCUCUUCAGAGCAAAUCCUAAGGCAGAUCAAACAGAGAAAAGAGCCAAGAGCCUUGAAAAUCUCAUUUUUACGAGUGCCCGAACAGACAAAGAUGACAAAGGAAACCGAACUCCUGACAGUUUUAUUAAAGAAAAUCCCGCAAUAGUCAAGAAUGAUGAAAGAAACCAAGGCCUUGGAAGUCUUAUUAAAGUUAAUCAGAGGACUGAAAAAAAUGAGAAAGGAGGUAAAGACCUGGAUAAUGUUAUCAAAGUGAAUCCCAAAGGAAGGGAAAAUGCCACUGGAAAACAAGACUUCAAUGGAUUUAUUAAAGCAAAUCCUGAAACAAAUAAAAAUAUCAAGAGGGGCCAGAGCCUUGACAAUCUCAUCAACGUGACCCCUGAAGUAAACAGAAGUAAUGCAGGUUCCAAAGAUCUUGAUAACCUCAUCAAAGUGGUUCCGAGAACAGGACAAAGUAUGCAAGGGGGCCACAGUCUUGACAGUCUCAUCAAAGUGGCUCCUGAAACAAACAGAACUAACCAAAGCAGUAAAGCAAGUCUUGAUGAACUUAUUAAUGUAGGCCCCAAAGCUGUCAAAAACAUGACUGGAAAUCGAGAUCUUGAUAAGCUCAUCAGAGUGAGUCCUGAAACUCUCACCAACAACCGAAGAAACCAGGAUCUGGAUAACCUCAUCAAAGUGAGUCCUGCAGUGACCAGAAGCAGUCAGAGUGAAGGCUUGGACAGUCUCAUUAAAGUGAAAUCUUCAGGUCUCAAAAACACUGAGCGUGACCAAGACCUGAAAAAUUUAAUUGAAGCAAAUUCUAAUGUCUCUGAAAAUAAAAAUGGAAGGCUAGACAGCCAAGUCGGUGGAUCCACUGAUGCUAUAAACAUCCAGUUUACUAGAACUCCUGCCCAUUCUUAUGAAGCCAGGAAGAAUCACAGCUCCAAUGCUGAAACCAGGCAUGCAGGACCAAAGGAUACUGUGGUAUACACAAGGACCUAUGUGGAGAACAGUAAAUUACUGAAGGAUGGAUAUCAGGAGAAUAUCUCUGGAAAAUACAUACAAACUGUUUAUUCAACUUCAGAUAGGUCUGUCAUCGAAAGAGAAAUGUGCACUUACUGCCGGCAACCACUGGGCACAGACACUAAAAUGAUUUUAGAUGAAUUACAAAUUUGCUGCCAUUCUACUUGCUUCAAGUGUGAAAUAUGCAAACAGCCUUUGGAAAACCUACAAGCGGGUGACAGUAUUUGGAUUUAUAGACAGACAAUACACUGUGAGCCUUGUUACUCUAAAGUUAUAGCAAAGUGGAUUCAAUAAUUCUGGCACAUGGAAAUCAAGAUAAAAGCAUUUAUCAGGAUGUUAAAAUUUUAUUUUAAGAAUAUGUAAUCUAGAAAAGCUUUCACACUGAAGAUUGACUCUUGUAUACAACUAACAAUUCUGCUAUUGCAUAAAUAAUCUGAUUGCCUUCCAUAAAGUCAUAUACAUAAAGGAAACCAUCUAAUAUCUGGCUAGAGUUAGCCAUGAGAAAUUCAAGUGGUUCCAGUUACCAAUGUCAAAGGGAUGAUGCUUCUCAUGGCAGCGAGCUCUGUCAACACUAACUUGGUCCGUCUCUGCUCUGUAUGUGAGCUGUGCAUCGUGGUGACCAUAGUAGACAAGUUUCCCUUUUUGUCAUCUUUGUUUCCCUACAGACUUGAAUUUACAGAUAUUAUUGACAUCCUGAUGAACUGUCAAAAAAGCAAGAUAUGCAUGUAUAUCUUUCACAUGCAAAAGAAAUGUUGAUAGAAUUUUUUUUUUAAACAAAGUUUGGCGGAAAGGUGUUUCAUAUAAAGCUGUAUGGACCUCAGAGAAUCACUUGAUCUUUCCAGAAAAAAUUAUUUCUAAGGUCCCUUUCUGCUCCUCAGAUUAUCUGAUUCUAAAACACGUGUUGCUUGCUCUUUGAAAGUAUCUUUGAAUAUGUGUCUGUUAAGUAUAUUGAACUAAAUAGGGUAUCUAAACAAUUUAAUGUUAUCCUUCAAUUUACCACAGAAAUGAUUUUUAUAGAAUAUUUUAAAAACAAAAAACAUGGAUUUGUGGGUAAUGGGUAAAAUCUCAUGACAUGUAUAGUUUACAUAUUAUACCUUGUUAAAUUUUCUUUGCAUGCAUUUCAAAAUCUGGGUAUAUGAAUAAUUUCUGAGAAAUAAUGGUUAUAGAUUACAGAGACAUGCUCUUUGGCAUAUCACAUCUACUCAUAUUACAUAGCACUUUACAAUUACAGACAGCUUAUAAAUAAAAAUAAAAUGAACUACCAGUUACACAGGAUCUUUUUGUGAAGUGUCUAUAAAUAUCAUUCACUGACAUUGAUUUUGUCAAUUACAGAGAUCACAAUUUAUUAUAGACUAUGCCAUGCUAGUUAAUUUAAUUCUUUAGCUGCUUGAGCUAUAGCUUUCAGUUUUAAAGAGCUUUUUUCUCGAGGAAUUGAAAAUUCAAUAAUCAUAUGUGAGGAAUGAGUAUUAGUGUUAAAAUUGAGAAAUUGAACUUAUAAACUAUUUUAUAUGCACAUAGCAACUGCUUCUCAAAGGAAGGCACAUAGAACACUGAGGGGAGGGUGGAAUUUUAGGGAAGCUUAAGGUAGUUGUGAAACACUGCAUCAACUAGGGAGAAUAAAUGAUCAUCAUGUAUUUUCCGAGUGUUGAUAAAUUUAAAGAAUUAUUCUUCUGUAUAAUGAUUCCAAGCAUCUGUUCCUCUUAGGGCCUGGUCCACAAAGUGUUAAACACAAAACGCUUAUCAAAAUGCAGCAGCGUAUAAUUGUUGUCCUAUGGAGAAGAAGCCAGAAAAAAACAAUUAAUAAUAAUUUGAUAUUCAUUAAUUCAUGCUUGAUGAGAAGCAGUGGUAAUUGAGCCAUAUGUUUUAUUGUUCUUUUAUUACAUGCUAUCAAAGUGGAUCAAAAGAAAUAAUUUUCUUAGGGUUGAAAUUAGUGACAGAAAAGGAAGGAUGGAAUAGUAUCCCUGCCUUUUAUAUAAAGUGUAUUAACAUCUCAAUGCCUUUGUAGUAAUUAAAAAUCAUUUGAAUAUCA